AUGAGCAAUCAACCAUGGCUAGACAGUCUGUCAGACGACUGGCCAUCGGUGCCUGCCACUCCCACUACUCCCGGUCCAUCGAAACCGUCGAAUCUAAUAUCAUCCCUGCACAAUAGUGUGCAGAAUUCCCCCAGUCGCAUUCCGGUUCCUGCACGCCGAUCUGUGGAAUCCCCUGCCGACGACGACAAGAAAAAGGUUACCCGACCAUGUCAUUUCAUUAGAAGAGAACCUCCGACCCCGAAGACCCCGCGAACCCCCAAAACGCCCUCCAAAUUGCGAUCGCCCACUCCAUCCAAGACAAGAACGAGGACCCCCAAGAGCCCCAAGGCCACUCCGAAAUCUACGUCCAAGGCUAGCGCGAAGCCUACCCCAGGUGCGGCUGGCAAAGCGCCUCCCAUGGAUACACGCUCCCCGCUACGGUCGGUGUCCAACGUCUCCAAACAGUCCGACUACGACAUUGCCGACACCGUUCAGAUCAAGCCAAAGAAGGGUGUUGAUGCAGGGGGAGCUACACCCGAAUGGCGAAGGAGACUGGUGCGUGGGGAGAUCCCGGUGGGAGAUCAACGCGAUCUGUUUGCGCCGAUUGGUCUUGAGAGUGUAUUCAAGCCCCCGAGCCCAGGUUCAGGACCUGGUCAAACAGAUUCCAUCCCGUUCACCCGACAGGACGACCAGCUGUGGGACUUCACCGACAAUACCUCCCGAAGGGAAAGCAUCACGAACCAGGGGGAGGACUAUGAACGCGUCGAUGAAGGUGAAUACUCGGGUACCGGCAUAGAGUCACCAUUUGGAACGGUCAAUCAUCGGGCACCUUGGGCCGACAAGCGACCACAUAGUUAUGCAGACCAGUCAGGCUUGUCACAUGGAGGGACUGAAACUAGGACCGCUAGUGGCCUAGAAGACCUUCGCAAUGAGGGGAUCACACCAAUCACUUUUACGCGAAACAAUACACUGGACGGGAACUCCACGACAGAGGUGAUCCAAUCGGCAUUAAAGCAAGUCACUAAUAAGCUCGAGAGCUUGUCUAUUGAUAACGGCCGCCCAGAUUCACCAGCUAGUGAUAGCUUCCUAUUUUAUAACCACAGUGAACCACGGGCGGAAGGUUCGCCACACGAGGAUAGCUUAUUGGAUGUGACGAGUCACUCCUUGCCGCAGGACUUGUCGAUGGGAACAUUGGACUUUAGUCGCCGCAAAGUUCACCGUCCUUUCCACCAUCAAUUCUCUCCCUCGCCCUUUCCCUCCCAUCACUUAUCCCCCGCGACCCUCGCCAACGCCAAAACUCGCAGCUCUCCUCUCUUCAAUCGCUCCCAGAAUAACGGUUCUCCUACACUGCCUCGUCCCUCAUCCUCUCACGUCCGUCCCUCAACAUCGGAUGAUACCAUAUCAAAACAAGGAACAAUGCCCUCUUCGGGGAGCCCUUUGAAGUUGUUUGGUGAGCAUGACACGUUUACAAAUAACAGACUCCUUCGGCGCAUGAGUCAAUUUGAGGAAACAUUCGAGGACGGUUCGGGGUCUGAGAACGAGGAGCCGCCAUCACCAUCAGAGGAGGCACGACGAAAGGGAGAAAGCCGCAGCUUGCUCAACGUUCGACACGAGCCUUUGCGCGAAAUUUCUCCCCGGCGUAAUGAGCGCAGUCCGUCUCGAAACAUUAUAAACCCUCGUCUCUCUCGAUUCGGGGACGGUGAACUGGAUAAGUUUGACUUCUCAGACACGAGCCCGUACGAGCCUAACUUCACCUAUGGUGAUGUGCAAAAUCUUGGGUCUCGUCCUGUCUCCAGGAGAAUAUCAUCGAAUCGACAGCAUUACCUUCACCGGGGCUCACAAGCAGGUUCUUUGCAAUAUGCCAGAUCAGCAAGCUCUAGCUUUACGCGGAAACCAUCCGCCUGGACACGCCAGAGCUACUUUGACCAUUUACGCGAUGCACCAUCAUCUUCACGCGCAAACAAAGAAAACGUGGCGCCGACUGAAACUAAGAGAGUUCCCAAGGCAGCGGCCAUUGAUCCAAUCCCAAAGCGCCGACGAACAAUAUUGCGCGACGACAGUGCCGAACCGGAUCGGCCUCACCCUAAUGGUGAUCCAGCACAGUUUGGCGAAAGCAUGUCGCUUCUGCAAAGAAGCUUGAUGCAACACGGCUUGCAGCUCGAAAAUGGGGAGUACCUCGCUCCCCCCGGCCUCUCGCAGUCCAUGCAACGGCCUAGGACCCCAACUCCUAGUCAAAUCCGGUCUAUGCACGAAUCGAAGAUAGUACUGCCGAGCAGGGAGUACUCAGAGUCGAACUUUGAUAACCUUGACUACUCGGAUUCCUUCUCCAUUGAAGGUGACAUUCCACUUGUCAAGAUCACCGGAGCGAGUGACACAUCGCGCAAGGGGUCUAUCACAACUCAAGACUACUUGAACGAGGCGACGAAAAUUAUGGAUUUGAUCCGAGCUAAAGGUCGGCCAGUCCCUGGGCUGACGAGUGUACAGGAAUCUGACGGGGACAGUGAAGAUGGGGACAGCUACGAUGAUGAAUCUACCCGGGAAGCAUUUUCUCGGCCCCCAAGCCGCGAUGGCACAAAUACAGACUUCCGCAAGACACGAGAGCCGAAGGAGUUGAAUGCUCAAGUCCUCAAUUACUUAAAACAAUACCAAGAAAGAGAUGAUGGAGACUUCGGGACCACUGGAUCGGUCAUGUCUUUCAACCAGGAAGGAGAGCUCAGGCCAGACAGUGGCUUCCGACGAGUGGUUUCAGGUACAAGGAAACGCAAGACGAGCAGCACUUUUGAUGAUGUCGCAGACACUAUCGCUCAAGACCUGAUGACAAUUAAUACCCAAAUGUCUGGCUUCAGUGUCCACUCCGUGCGCACAGGAUCCUCACAGAAUUCUCAAGCGAAAGGCGUGUUGUCAUCGGAUUUGGUUGCCCAUUUGAUCCCAGAGCAGGUUAAUGGUUUUACAUAUGACAAAUCCAAAAACUUGUGGAUCAAAGAUGGUGCAGAAAAUCUACCUCGACCAGUGUCUCAUGAUGAAGACAACGAAAACAACGACCCGUUCCAGGAUAUCCCUGACUUGAGUGUGGAUGAAUUGCAAGAAAUGAUGCGCGUUAAUGGCCUUGAUUCUCCAUCUAAGCGUUUGCCAGGGAAUAUAUCUGACAAAAAGGUCUCCCAUUCUCUCACCGGAGGUGCCUCACCAAAGAAGGGUGAUGUUAGACCACACACAAGAGAUGGAAAUCCUUCCGUGAUCACAAGUUCUGUUAAGUCCAGAGCUACCCGCUUUACGUCAAGUGUUCCCAAUUCAGGAACCCGAGCAACAUCAUGGGGCACAGAUGAAAUACAGGCGGGAGACGACGCGAGCAAAAACGCCAAGAAGCCCGAUGAAAUAGAGCCCCAGGCGCGAAACAAGCAGACUCGGGUUCCAACAAUAUCCUUUUCAUCGCCUGUCGUUUCGCAUGUCGCAUAUACAGACAAUGAAGAGGCUUCCAAUCUCGAAGCUGAACCGCGAGAUCCAGCACUUGCUGACGAGGGAAAGAAUAAUGACCCCUCACGUUCUGGUCAUCUACCUGCUCGCCGCGAAACCUCUGUGGCAUUCAUUCGGCGUCCCGUGUCACGGAUUGAGGAACGGAAUGAAGAAGAAGUUGAAGAUCUUAGCAUUGUUCACAGAAAUGGCUCACUUGAUGUUCAACAGACACCGGGUGGCAAUGCUGUUGAAAACUCACUGGUCCCUAUGCACACCGGGGGCCACGAGACAACUUACAGCUUCCAAAUGAGUCCUCUGGCUGAAUUCUCUGUCAACCAACCUGAUCACCAUAUGAACCCGGAAAUGAGUUAUGUGGCGAAUCGCACGCAUCCGACAUCCCUGAGACAUGUCCAUGGCACAUUUGCCCUUGCCACAGAAAACUUGAUCAAGCACAUCACCGACGCGGAGCCGUAUGAACCAUACUGGGAACAUGUACGUCGCUUGAUACUGCGUCAAAAAGGGCUGAUUACCUUGCACAAGCUAAGUGAUUUCUGCCCUCGUCUCGAGGAUCUCGAUGUCUCCGACAACGAUAUUGGGCAGUUGAGUGGUGUCCCGGCUACACUUCGGACCCUCAAAAUCCCCAGAAACUCCCUUUCUAACCUCACGCCAUGGGGCCACCUGACCAAUCUGCAAUAUCUGGACGUUUCUGGAAAUAACAUUGAGACCCUGGACGGUUUCUCGAGUCUAAUACACCUUCGAGAAUUGAAAGCGAACGACAAUCAAAUUCGGAAUAUUGAUGGCAUUCUUGACUUGAACGGUCUGUUAAGUCUGAAGCUAAGCAACAAUUCGUUGACAACAGUUGACUUCGAAAGCACUGAACUGACUCGCCUUCGCGAUCUUGAUUUAAGUCAUAAUUGCUUGACAUCUGUCCGCAACAUUGACUGGCUUCCGUCGCUGGCCACCCUUGAUCUCAGCGCCAACCAGAUGACUGAAUUUGAAGUGUCGGCCUCGCUUAUAAGCCUGCGGGCAUUGAGAAUUUCAGCCAAUCGUCUGAGCGCCUUGGACAUGAAAAACAUAUCCUCCUUGAGCCUCUUAUAUGUCGAUCAAAAUGGGCUGUCGACCAUUACUGGACUAGAGAAUUGCCAUAAUCUGGAGGUACUUUCUGUCCGUGAACAGUCACAAAUGGGAGAUGGUGGAUCGAGUCUCACCUUGGACCUCGAUCUCGGCUCCGCCAAGGACAUCCGAAAAGUGUUUUUGUCAUCGAACAAGCUUGCUUCUCGAUGCCUAUCCCCGUCAGCCCCCCUACUCCGGCUCCAACUACUGGACAUCGCUGCAUGCACUUUACCUGCUCUUCCAGGAGCAUUUUCAUCCAGCUUCCCGAACCUCAAAGUAUUAAAUAUGAAUUUCAACUCUUUGACCGAACUGGAGCCACUGGUGGGUAUGAACUGCCUUGCAAGGUUGACGAUGGUUGGGAACCGACUUGCGAGAAUGCGCCGUAUUUGUCAGAUCCUGAGCCGACUCGGAAGAACAUCACGGGGGAAUCCGUGCUCCCUUCGCAAGCUUGACAUUCGUGGCAAUCCUCUGACGGUCGGUUUCUACCCUCCAGCUGUAAUUGGAAAUGGAACCAAUGCCGACCGCAAGAGGUUGAAGGAUCAAGAGAAGGCUGUGGCGCAUCAGCAGGAGAACCGACGGGAUCUUUCUGAUGCUUUGGCGGAUCUUGACCACAAUGACCAUAUCACCCAGCCCGUUACCUGGGAUGACAGCGCCAAAUCUGAUCGAGAUAUUGAUAUCAACGAUCCCUUAACUCUCCCCCCGGCAGAUCCCAAAGCGGACGAAAGAUAUCUCCUGCACCUGGAUCGUGCCACUCGCCUACGCCGACGGGUUCUCGAACUUUUACUUUAUGCCGGGACCAGCGGCUCCCUUCAAACAAUGGAUGGGCUGGAUCUCCGUCCAGUCCUUGGUGAUGACUCAACAGAUAUGGGUCAAGCUUGGAUCAAGCUAGAGGAAUUAGGUGUUCUUCGAAGAAAGGCGAUUACUGAAAAGGCGUCAAAUUAA